AUGUCGAGUGACUCUGGUGACAGGAGGGUGUGGUCGACGGCGGCGGCGCCGGUGGAGGCGUCGGACGCGCCACCGGGACGCAGCUCCCGUACCCCGUCGCUCAAGCUCAACCAGCUUCUUGCGCUCCGCUCACCCAGCUCGGUGUCCAAGGCCACCACGGACACGUCCGGGCACCUCGUCGUCGACGUGCAUCCAACGGCCACGUCAGAUGACGGGGAUGGGAGUAGCAGGCCUGCAGAUGAUGCCUUCAUCGACCGCCCCGCCGUGCACUUCGUGCUGGCCUUCGACGACCUCACGUACAGCGUGAAGCGGCCGAGGAGCUCGUUCCGCCUGAGCCGCCACGAGGGGACCGGCGCCGACGGCGCGAGGACGCGGGCGCUGCUCGAUGGCAUCUCGGGGGCGGCGCGGGAGGGGGAGAUCCUGGCGGUGCUCGGCGCGAGCGGUGCCGGCAAGAGCACGCUGAUCGACGCGCUCGCGGGCCGGAUCCAGCGGGAGAGCCUCCGCGGCGCCGUCGCGCUCAACGGGGAGGCGAUGGACGGGCGCCUGCUCAGGGUCAUCUCGGCGUACGUGAUGCAGGACGACCUCCUGUACCCGAUGCUCACCGUCGCCGAGACGCUCAUGUACUCGGCCGAGUUCCGGCUCCCGAGCUCGCUCUCCGCGUCCAAGAAGCGUAGCCGAGUGCAGGCGCUCAUCGACCAGCUCGGCCUCCGCGCCGCGGCCGACACCAUCAUCGGCGACGAGGGCCGCCGCGGCGUGUCCGGCGGGGAGCGCCGCCGCGUGUCCAUCGGCAUCGACAUCAUCCACGACCCCAUCAUCCUGUUCCUCGACGAGCCCACGUCCGGGCUCGACUCCACCAGCGCGUUCAUGGUUGUCAAGGUGCUGCAGCACAUCGCGCAGAGCGGCAGCGUCGUGAUCAUGUCCAUCCACCAGCCGAGCUACCGCAUCCUCGGUCUCCUCGACCGCCUCCUGUUCCUCUCCCGCGGUCGAACGGUGUACUACGGCCCACCGGCCGGCCUGCCGCCGUUCUUCUUGGAGUUCGGGCACCCGAUCCCGGACGGCGAGAACCCGGCGGAGUUCGCGCUCGACACGAUACGUGAGCUCGAGGGCACGCCGAACGGGACCAAGGAGCUCGUGGAAUUCAGCAAGUCGUGGCAAGAGAAGCCGCUUUCGCGCACCAUCUCGGCCGCGAGCUCGGGCCCCGAGCAUAAACCGUCGCUGACGCUGAAGGAGGCCAUCGGCCUAAGCAUCGCCCGUGGCAAGCUGGUGUCCGGCACGAGCCCCGGCGGCGGAGGCGGCUCGUCCACGUCCGCGAGCACGGCAAAGGUGGCGACGUACGCGAACCCGUGGUGGGUGGAGGUGUGGGUGCUGACGCGGCGGGCGUUCACCAACACGCGGCGCACGCCGGAGCUGUUCCUGAUCCGCCUGGGCACGGUGACGGUGACGGCGUUCAUCCUGGCCACCGUGUUCUGGCGUCUGGACAACACCCCCAAGGGCGUGAACGAGCGGUUCGGCUUCUUCGCCAUCGGCAUGUCCACCAUGUUCUACACCAGCGCGGACGCGCUGCCCGUGUUCCUGGUCGAGCGCUACAUCUUCCUCCGGGAGACGGCGCACAACGCGUACCGCCGGUCGUCGUACACGCUCUCCAACGCCAUCGUGGCGCUCCCGCCGCUGGUGCUGCUGUCCCUCGCCUUCGCCGGCAUCACCUUCUUCGCCGUGGGGCUCGCCGGCGGCGCGCAGGGGUUCGCCUUCUUCGCGCUCAUCGUGCUCGCCUCCUUCUGGGCGGGCAGCGGGUUCGUGACGUUCCUCUCCGCCGUGGUCCCGCACGUGAUCAUCGGCUACACCGUGGUGGUCGCCGUGCUGGCCUACUUCCUGCUCUUCAGCGGCUUCUUCGUGACGCGGGACAGGAUCCCGAGCUACUGGAUCUGGUUUCACUACCUGUCGCUGAUCAAGUACCCGUACCAGGCGGUGAUGCAGAACGAGUUCGGGGCGGACCCGGGGAGGUGCUUCAUGCGCGGGGUGCAGAUGUUCGACGGCACGCCGAUGGGGAGGCUGCCGGAGGCGACAAAGGUGAACGUGCUCAACGCCAUGAGCCGGUCCAUGCGGGUGGACUUCAACAGCAGCUCGUGCAUCACGGCCGGGCCCGACGUCCUCGCGAAGCAGGCCGUGACGGACCUCGGCAAGUGGGCGUGCCUCUGGAUCACCGUGGCAUGGGGGUUCGUCUUCCGCGUCCUCUUCUACCUCACGCUCCUGCUCGGGAGCAGGAACAAGAGGAGGUGAUGGCUGCGUGCAUGCAGCACAGCGAUCGAACUAGCAAUGCGGCUCGUGCUCUCUGGAAUUCUGGAUUGAUCAUCGCGUGUGAUGGUUACUACAAAUUGUGUUGCACAAGUAGUAUUGAUUAAUUCGAAAACCAUUCUUAAGAUGAUGUCGAAUC